GGCUCUGCCUGGGGCUGCUAGGUCACUUGUGUUAUCCCAGAGAUGAAUCCCCUUUCCGCCAGUGAUUUGGUUCUUACUCGUCAUUCAGUGAAGACGCCUGGGCUGGGAAAGGUGCUGUGAUCGGCCGGCUUUAGGGAUGGGCAAUGCUGUUGAAAAACAGAAGCCCCUGAGACAAAGCCAUCUGUGCCCUUGGAAACAAGACUCUCAGCGUUCUCAUCUCUCCUCCUUCACCAUGAAGCUGAUGGACAAAUUCCACUCUCCCAAAAUCAAGAGAACACCAUCCAAGAAGGGAAAGCCAGCCGAGGUGUCGAAGACUCCUGAGAAGCCUGUGAGCAAAGAGGCAAGAGACAGAUUUCUACCAGAGGGCUACCCUAUCCCCUUGGAUCUGGAGCAGCAGGCAGUAGAAUUUAUGUCCACCAGUGCUGUGGCUUCCAGGUCUCAGAGGCAGAAGAGCCUGUGCUGGUUGGAGGAGAAAGAGAAGGAGGUGGUCAGCGCCUUGCGCUACUUUAAGACCAUUGUGGACAAAAUGGCCAUUGAUAAGAAGGUUUUGGAGAUGCUCCCAGGGUCAGCCAGCACGGUGCUGGAGGCCAUCUUACCCCUGGUACAGACUGACCCCCGGAUCCAGCACAGCUCAGCCCUCUCCUCCUGCUAUAGCCGAGUAUACCAGAGCCUCGCCAACCUUAUCCGAUGGUCUGACCAGGUGAUGCUGGAGGGUGUGAACUCAGAAGAUAAAGAGAUGGUGACGAGUGUGAAGGGGGUCAUCAAAGCUGUGCUGGAUGGAGUGAAGGAGCUAGUGAGGCUGACCAUUGAGAAGCAGGGGCGGCCAUCACCAACAAGCCCGGUGAAGCCCAGUUCCCCAGCCAGCAAGCCUGAUGGCCACCCUGAGCUCCCGCUGACAGACCGAGAAAUGGAGAUUCUGAACAAGACGACAACAGGUGUGUCACCGUCCACUGAACUGCUCCCAGACUCCACUAGUGAAGAGGUCGCACCCCCCAAACCCCCCUUACCUGGCAUUCGGGUGGUUGAUAACAGUCCACCAGCAUUGCCACCCAAGAAAAGGCAGUCAGCUCCAUCCCCCACCCGCGUGGCUGUGGUAGCCCCUAUGAGUCGAGCUACCAGCGGCUCCAGUCUGCCUGUUGGAAUCAAUAGGCAGGACUUUGAUGUUGACUGUUACACCCAGAGGCGCCUGUCAGGAGGCAGCCGCUCCUGCGGUGGUGAGUCUCCUCGCUUGUCCCCCUGCAGCAGCACAGGCAAACUCAGCCGGUCAGACGAGCAGCUGUCCUCCCUAGACAGGGAUAGUGGGCAGUGCUCACGGAACACAAGCUGUGAAACACUAGAUCACUAUGACCCCGACUAUGAAUUCCUCCAGCAAGACCUCUCCAACGCAGACCAGACCCCUCCACAGAUGGCCUGCAGCCUCAGCCCACUACCGGAGUCCCUGGGGGAGGCUGGGCCACCAUUUCUUGGCCAUCCUUUCCAGCUGCCUCUGGGCAGCUGUCCCCAGCAGGAGGGGCAGCAGACAGACACUCCACCUGCCCUUCCUGAGAAGAAGCGCAGGAGCGCCGCCUCCCAGACCACGGACAGCUCUGGCUGCAGGGUGUCCUAUGAACGACACCCUUCACAGUAUGACAACAUCUCAGAAGAUGAUCUGCAGAACCCCGUCCCAGUCCAGCCUGUGCCCUACACGCCCUUUGCUGCUGUCCUUCCCUUUCAGCAGGGAACUUCCUCAGCCCCUGUUGAGUUUGUGGGUGAUUUCAGUGCUCCUGAGUCAGUGGGUGACCCAGAGAAGCCACCUCCUCUGCCAGAGAAGAAAAACAAACACAUGCUGGCCUACAUGCAGCUGCUAGAGGACUACUCAGAGCCACAACCAUCCAUGUUCUACCAGACACCGCAGAGUGAGCACAUUUACCAGCAAAAGAACAAGAUGCUCAUGGAGGUCUAUGGCUUCAGCGACUCUUUCUGCAGCAGCGACUCCACACAGGAGCUGGCCCCCCCUCCCGCCCUGCCCCCCAAGCAGCGGCAGCUGCAGGCCUCCUAUGCUGCUUCUUCCUUCUCUGUCUCCUACUGUGUCCAGCAAACUAAAGUGGCCUUCACCCCCGAGGACGGCAGUGCCGCUCAGGGCCUCAGUGUCUCCGUGUCUAACUCCUUUCUCAACCGGCACGGCAGCUUGCCUGUGCCCUCGUACAAAUCUGUGUUUAGGUCUUACUCCCAGGACUUCAUGCCUCACCACCAAGCCUCCGUCCAACCUUUCCUUCCGCCUACCUCCUCUUCCUCUCCACAUUUCCCACCUGUCCACGCGUCCCAGAGCUCGGACUUAGCGGUGCCCACCGUGAGCAGUCCGCCUCCCAGCACCGUGGACGGGCCUCUCUCGUCUUCUCAGGACAGCAGCUUUCAUGGGAACCCUGUCCGCCUUCCUUCCGAAACCUCUUUCACUGACUCGAGUGAAAAUGCCACCAGCGAGGAAGUUGGUGGGGGUGAAUAUGUCAAUCUGUACUCCUCUGGCCAGACCAGCGAGGAGCUGGCUCCCUCUGGAGGAGAACCACCCUCGGGAAAGGAUGGCCAUCCCAGAGAUCCCUCGGUCAAUAGUGCAUCUGGGCAGGACAGCAGAGAAAAUGGGGAGAGGUCCCCAAAGUCACUGGAUGCUUUGGAGCCAGCCCAGUCAGAAGAGGAAGUAGAUGAACUCUCCCUCAUUGACCAUAAUGAAAUUAUGGCCAGGCUGACACUCAAACAAGAGGGUGAUGAUGGGCCAGAUGUUCGUGGAGGUUCAGGAGACAUCUUACUGGUCCAUGCUACUGAGACAGACAGAAAAGACCUGGUGCUGUACUGUGAGGCCUUCCUGACCACCUACAGGACCUUCAUCAGCCCGGAGGAGCUCAUCAAGAAACUGCAAUACCGUUACGAGAAGUUCUCUCCCUUCGCUGACACAUUCAAGAAGCGAGUCAGCAAGAACACAUUCUUUGUGCUGGUGCGAGUAGUGGAUGAGCUCUGCCUGGUGGAGCUGACGGAGGAGAUUCUGAAGCUGCUGAUGGAACUAGUCUUCCGCCUGGUAUGCAGCGGAGAGCUCAGCCUGGCCCGAGUACUCCGGAAGAACAUUCUGGACAAGGUGGACCAGAAGAAGCUACUCAGGUGUGCCCAUUCCGACCAGCCUCUGGCUGCCAGGGGUGUCGCAGCCAGGCCAGGGACCUUGCAUGAUUUUCACAGCCAUGAGAUAGCAGAGCAGCUGACGCUGUUGGACGCCGAGCUUUUCUAUAAGAUAGAGAUCCCUGAGGUCUUGCUUUGGGCCAAAGAGCAGAAUGAGGAGAAGAGCCCCAAUCUGACCCAGUUCACGGAGCACUUCAACAACAUGUCCUACUGGGUACGGUCCAUUAUCAUGCUGCAGGAGAAGGCCCAGGACCGGGAGAGGCUGCUUCUGAAGUUCAUCAAGAUCAUGAAGCACCUGCGCAAGCUGAACAACUUCAACUCCUACCUGGCCAUCCUCUCGGCUCUGGACUCAGCACCCAUCCGCAGACUGGAGUGGCAGAGGCAGACCUCAGAGGGCCUGGCCGAGUACUGCACAUUGAUUGACAGCUCAUCCUCUUUCCGAGCCUACCGAGCCGCCCUCUCGGAGGUGGAGCCCCCGUGUAUCCCGUACCUAGGUCUGAUCCUGCAGGACCUGACCUUCGUUCACCUGGGAAACCCAGACUAUAUCGACGGGAAAGUGAACUUCUCCAAGCGGUGGCAACAGUUCAACAUCUUGGACAGCAUGCGGUGCUUCCAGCAGGCGCACUAUGAAAUCCGGAGAAACGACGACAUCAUAAACUUCUUCAAUGACUUCAGCGACCACCUGGCCGAGGAGGCCCUAUGGGAACUCUCUCUGAAGAUCAAACCCAGGAACAUAACAAGGCGGAAAACAGACCGGGAGGAGAAAACCUAGGAGCAAGCUGGGUGUGAGAACGUUCGAGGGCCCGGAGAGGACCUGGACCGUCCCAGCCUCGGAGCCUGUCCACAGCUCGGCUGUGUGGCAGUACCCAAUCCUGCUGGCUGGUUUCCUGCCUCUCUCCCUGUGGCUAAAGCCUCAGAGUCCACAGUGAGCUGGCUGGCAGGCCUCAGGACUUGUGAACUGGCGGGCCCUGGUCUGGUUUUGUUUUCUGUUUUCUCUCAAUGCUCCCUCCUGUUCCUGCUGUCCUCCUCCAGAUGGGGAGCAACAGAGACCUGAGCAGCAGACCAGGACAGGCUUCACCCUUCCACGGCUACCCUAGCCUUCUUAAGUGGCAGAUAAGUGCAGACCCCAGGACCCUUGGGUGGGCUGCCCUCCAGGGCACCUGAAGUCAGGGGAGAUACAGCUGGGAGAUGGGGGGCAGAAGGCAGAAAAGGGCCAUGGCAGGAAGCUUUUGCUGUCCAUUCCCUGCCUUUUAACUAUGGAGGACGGGGCGUGUAGACCUGGCCCAGAAGGUGUGGUGGGUGACAGGCAGCAGCCACAGAGCUGGCACUUGUCACAGUACUGGCCCCAGACCUGCCCUGCCGUGCCUGGCUGCAGGGGCUCACCUGCUCCACCGUGACAGGACCCCCAGGAGCGCCCGCCCACUGUGGGCCCAGCCCACCCACAGCACGGCGCUCUGGGAUCAGGAGGGAGUGAGUGUUCAUGCUGAGCUGGGGCCAAGGCUGGGCUUCUGAACGGAUCAGAGAGUGAGGCUCUUUAGUGACCUAGGGAGAGGCAAGCAGCCCCUCCAUGCUUGCUGUGUGCCUUAAUGCCAUCUCCUGUCCCUUCCAGGCCUAUGGGCUUCCCUCCUACUCCACCCCACCCCUGAACCAGCAGGUCCCUAGUCCCUUUCUGCACCCUGCAAAUGUCUGGUGUCCCCGAGAAGGGUGUGAGUGCCUCCAGAGGCCUGACCCCAGGCAGGCACUCUUCCCCCAGUAUGGAGCCACCCACUGCUGCUGAGGUCGACAAUCGAGGGCAAGAUGUUCAGGGCUCAGUGCUGGGCUCUCCCAGGCCGUGGCUCCAUGGCCACCACUGGAGCUGGUUGGCAGGGUGCAGGUCGGAAUCCAGAUGUGCUGCUGGCCCUGCCCCAUGCCUCCAGUUCACUUUUGCAUGAACAAGCACCCAUUUCUUCUGGUCGUGGGACUUGGUCAAAUGGAUACCAGGAUCUCUGUGCUUCCUCAGCCCAGUCAUCACAGCAGAGGAGAAGACAGCAACAGGUGCUGGCCGGGCACAAGUUCAAAACAACUGUCGCUCUGAGCCCCUCCUGGGUUGUUUUUUGUUUUUUUGUUUUGUUUUUUUAGCAGCUUUUAUCAAAAAGGAACUAUGGGCUAUUCUUCCCCUCUCCUGGUUAUUUGUGCUGUAAAUAGAGGGGGGCAUCUGUGAACAGCCCCUUGGCCGGCUCCCUCUGGCAGCAGCCAGGUGGGUUGUUUAAGGAGUGUGUGUGUGUGUGUGUGUGUGUGGAGUCAGGCUUGUGAGCAGUCGUGUGGGUCUUUGGUUUGUUUCUCCUUUGCAGGUCCUUUCAUUUCAGUCUCUGCCUCCUGCCCUCAGCAGCUCGGAGUGCUUGGUGUGAUUGGGGCCCUGUGCACACAGGGCCCUUCCCCCAGCCGCCUUCUGUAGCCCAGGCUGUCGGGCCUGCUGGUGCCACAGCAGACAGUGGGUCUGUGGUCUGGCAUCCAUGGGUUCCCAAGCAUGAGCUGGGUGGAAGGGAAGGCUCACCUUCCAGAUCCAGAAAAGCCAGGGCCUCCUGUAGUCCUGGGAGCCAGGACAGCGAGGUGUGAUGUGUGGGUUUAACUUAUUAGCCAACAGGCUUCCCUAGUCACCUGCCUCUGGCUGAGGCUGAGCCCAGUGCUCACUGCAGCCUGGCUUCCACGUGUCUUUUUCUCGGGGGUGGGGGGCUGGGAGAGCUGUGGAGAUCAGUCUCUGUAGGCAUACUGAAUGCCAUGGACAAUUUGGUUCUCAGCAGAGGCCAGCCCUUACCUGUGGGUUUGGUAUGGCCAAGACUAGGGCAAGCAAAUGCCACAUCUGGCUGACCCUUGAACCGAAACACCUGCCUAAUGCCUCCCAGUGUGAUGCUGUAAUAUAAAUCCCCCACUAACCUGUCGACAGUGGCAUCUUCCUACAGACAUUACAAGCUCGUAACUUUUAUAUGAAAAAAAUAAACAGACAAAAGCCCGUCUGA